AUGAGCGAAACUCGACACAGCCGUGGCCCAUCCAGCCUCUGGGUGCUGCUGAUGGCGCAGCGCAGUCCCACUGGUGAGUGUGAUGACUUGGCGGGAUUCGCUGCUCUGGUGAGAAGCUUCAUCUGUCUCCUCCUCUCCUCAGUCUCCUCCUCUCCUCAGUCUCCUCCUCUCCUCAGUCUCCUCCUCUCGUCAGUCUCCUCCUCUCGUCAGUCUCCUCCUCUCGUCAGUCUCCUCCUCUCGUCAGUCUCCUCCUCUCGUCAGUCUCCUCCUCUCCUCAGUCUCCUCCUCUCCUCAGUCUCCUCCUCUCCUCAGUCUCCUCCUCUCGUCAGUCUCCUCCUCUCGUCAGUCUCCUCCUCUCGUCAGUCUCCUCCUCUCGUCAGUCUCCUCCUCUCCUCAGUCUCCUCCUCUCCUCAGUCUCCUCCUCUCCUCAGUCUCCUCCUCUCCUCAGUCUCCUCCUCUCGUCAGUCUCCUCCUCUCGUCAGUCUCCUCCUCUCGUCAGUCUCCUCCUCUCGUCAGUCUCCUCCUCUCCUCAGUCUCCUCCUCUCCUCAGUCUCCUCCUCUCCUCAGUCUCCUCCUCUCCUCAGUCUCCUCCUCUCGUCAGUCUCCUCCUCUCCUCAGUCUCCUCCUCUCCUCAGUCUCCUCCUCUCGUCAGUCUCCUCCUCUCCUCACUCUCCUCCUCUCCUCAGUCUCCUCCUCUCCUCAGUCUCCUCCUCUCCUCAGUCUCCUCCUCUCCUCACUCUCCUCCUCUCCUCAGUCUCCUCCUCUCGUCAGUCUCCUCCUCUCCUCAGUCUCCUCCUCUCCUCAGUCUCCUCCUCUCGUCAGUCUCCUCCUCUCGUCAGUCUCCUCCUCUCCUCAGUCUCCUCCUCUCCUCAGUCUCCUCCUCUCGUCAGUCUCCUCCUCUCCUCAGUCUCCUCCUCUCGUCAGUCUCCUCUCGUCAGUCUCCUCCUCUCCUCAGUCUCCUCCUCUCCUAAGUCUCCUCCUCUCGUCAGUCUCCUCCUCUCGUCAGUCUCCUCCUCUCCUCAGUCUCCUCCUCUCCUCAGUCUCCUCCUCUCCUUUGUCUCCUCCUCUCGUCAGUCUCCUCCUCUCCUCAGUCUCCUCCUCUCCUCAGUCUCCUCCUCUCCUCAGUCUCCUCCUUCGUCAGUCUCCUCCUCCCGUCAGUCUCCUCCUCCCGUCAGUCUCCUCCUCCCGUCAGUCUCCUCCUCCCGUCAGUCUCCUCCUCUCGUCAGUCUCCUCCUCCCGUCAGUCUCCUCCUCCCGUCAGUCUCCUCCUCCCGUCAGCUCCCUCCUCUCGUCAGUCUCCUCCUCCCGUCAGUCUCCUCCUCUCGUCAGACUCCUCCUCCCGUCAGUCUCCUCCUCCGUCAGUCUCCUCCUCCCGUCAGUCUCCUCCUCUCGUCAGUCUCCUCUCCCUCUCCUCCCUUCGUCAUUCUCCUCCUCUCGUCAGUCUCCUCCUCUCGUCAUUCUCCCCCCUUCGUCAUUCUCCUCCUCUUGUCAGUCUCCUCCUCUCGUCAGUCUCCUCCCUUCGUCAUUCUCCUCCUUCCGUCAGUCUCCUCCUCUCGUCAUUUCCCCCUUCGUCAUUCUCCUCCUCUCGUCAGUCUCCUCCUCUCGUCACUCUCCUCCCUUCGUCAUUCUCCUCCUCUCGUCACUCUCUCCUCUCGUCAUUCUCCCCCUUCGUCAUUCUCCUCCUCUCGUCAGUCUCCUCCUCUCGUCACUCUCCUCCCUUCGUCAUUCUCCUCCUCUCGUCACUCUCCUCCUCUCGUCAUUCUCCUCCUCUGUCAUUCUCCUCCUCUCGUCACUCUCCUCCCUCGUCACUCUCCUCCUCUCGUCACUCUCCUCUCGUCACUCUCCUCCUCUCGUCACUCUCCUCCUCUCGUCACUCUCCUCCUCUCUCGUCACUCUCCUCUCUCGUCACUCUCCUCCUCUCGUCACUCUCCUCCUCUCGUCACUCUCCUCUCUCGUCACUCUCCUCCUCUCGUCACUCUCCUCUCUCGUCACUCUCCUCCUCUCGUCAUUCUCCUCCUCCGUCACUCUCCUCCUCUCGUCACUCUCCUCCUCUCGUCACUCUCCUCCUCUCCGUCUCAUUUUCUCUCUCUCGUCACUCUCCUCCUCUCGUCACUCUCCUCCUCUCGUCACUCUCCUCCUCUCGUCACUCUCCUCCUCUCGUCACUCUCCUCCUCUCGUCACUCUCCUCCCUCGUCAUUCCUCCUCCUCUCGUCACUCUCCUCCUCUCGUCACUCUCUCCUCUCGUCACUCUCCUCCUCUCGUCACUCUCCUCCUCUCGUCACUCUCCUCCUUUCCGUCACCUCCUCCUCUCGUCACUCUCCUCUCUCGUCACUCUCCUCCUCUCGUCACUCUCCUCCUUUCCGUCACUCUCUCCUCUCGUCACUCUCCUCCUCUCGUCAUUCUCCUCCUCCCGUUACUCUCCUCCUCUCGUCACUCUCCUCCUCUCGUCACUCUCCUCCUCUCGUCACUCUCCUCCUGCCGUCACUCUCCUCCUCUCGUCACUCUCCUCCUCUCGUCACUCUCCUCCUGCCGUCACUCUCCUCCUCUCGUCACUCUCCUCCUCUCGUCACUCUCCUCCUCUCGUCACUCUCCUCCUUCCGUCACUCUCCUCCUCUCGUCACUCUCCUCCUCUCGUCACUCUCCUCCUUCCGUCACUCUCCUCCUUCCGUCACUCUCCUCCUUCCGUCACUCUCCUCCUUCCGUCACUCUCCUCCUUCCGUCACUCUCCUCCUUCCGUCACUCUCUCCUUCCGUCACUCUCCUCCUUCCGUCACUCUCCUCCUUCCGUCACUCUCCUCCUCCCGUCACUCUCCUCCUUCCGUCACUCUCCUCCUUCCGUCACUCUCCUCCUUCUGUCACUCUCCUCCUUCCGGCACUCUCCUCCUUCCGUCACACUCCUCCUUCCGGCACUCUCCUCCUUCCGGCACUCUCCUCCUUCCGGCACUCUCCUCCUUCCGUCACUCUCCUCCUUCCGUCACUCUCCUCCUUCCGUCACUCUCCUCCUUCCGGCACUCUCCUCCUUCCGGCACUCUCCUCCUUCCGUCACUCUCCUCCUUCCGUCACUCUCCUCCUUCCGUCACUCUCCUCCUUCCGUCACUCUCUCCUUCCGUCACUCUCCUCCUUCCGUCACUCUCCUCCUUCCGGCACUCUCCUCCUUCCGUCACUCUCCUCCUUCCGUCACUCUCCUCCUUCCGUCACUCUCCUCCUUCCGGCACUCUCCUCCUUCCGGCACUCUCCUCCUUCCGUCACUCUCCUCCUUCCGUCACUCUCCUCCUUCCGGCACUCUCCUCCUUCCGGCACUCUCCUCCUUCCGUCACUCUCCUCCUUCCGUCACUCUCCUCCUUCCGGCACUCUCCUCCUUCGGCACUCUCCUCCUUCCGGCACUCUCCUCCUUCCGGCACUCUCCUCCUUCCGGCACUCUCCUCCUUCCGGCACUCUCCUCCUUCCGUCACUCUCCUCCUUCCGUCACUCUCCUCCUUCCGUCACUCUCCUCCUUCCGUCACUCUCCUCCUUCCGUCACUCUCCUCCUUCCCUCACUCUCCUCCUUCCCUCACUCUCCUCCUUCCGGCACUCUCCUCCUUCCGGCACUCUCCUCCUUCCCUCACUCUCCUCCUUCCUCACUCUCCUCCUUCCCUCACUCUCCUCCUUCCCUCACUCUCCUCCUUCCCUCACUCUCCUCCUUCCUCACUCUCCUCCUUCCUCACUCUCCUCCUUCCCUCACUCUCCUCCUUCCCUCACUCUCCUCCUUCCCUCACUCUCCUCCUUCCCUCACUCUCCUCCUUCCCUCACUCUCCUCCUUCCCUCACUCUCCUCCUUCCCUCACUCUCCUCCUUCCCUCACUCUCCUCCUUCCCUCACUCUCCUCCUUCCCUCACUCUCCUCCUUCCCUCAGUCUCCUCCUUCCCUCAGUCUCCUCCUUCCCUCAGUCUCCUCCUUCCCUCAGUCUCCUCCUUCCCUCAGUCUCCUCCUUCCCUCAGUCUCCUCCUUCCCUCAGUCUCCUCCUUCCCUCAGUCUCCUCCUUCCCUCAGUCUCCUCCUUCCCUCAGUCUCCUCCUUCCCUCAGUCUCCUCCUUCCCUCAGUCUCCUCCUUCCCUCAGUCUCCUCCUUCCCUCAGUCUCCUCCUUCCCUCAGUCUCCUCCUUCCCUCAGUCUCCUCCUUCCCUCAGUCUCCUCCUUCCUCAGUCUCCUCCUUCCCUCAGUCUCCUCCUUCCCUCAGUCUCCUCCUUCCCUCAGUCUCCUCCUUCCCUCAGUCUCCUCCUUCCCUCAGUCUCCUCCUUCCCUCAGUCUCCUCCUUCCCUCAGUCUCCUCCUUCCCUCAGUCUCCUCCUUCCCUCAGUCUCCUCCUUCCCUCAGUCUCCUCCUUCCCUCAGUCUCCUCCUUCCCUCAGUCUCCUCCUUCCCUCAGUCUCCUCCUUCCCUCACUCUCCUCCUUCCCUCACUCUCCUCCUUCCCUCAGUCUCCUCCUUCCCUCAGUCUCCUCCUUCCCUCAGUCUCCUCCUUCCCUCAGUCUCCUCCUUCCCUCAGUCUCCUCCUUCCCUCAGUCUCCUCCUUCCCUCAGUCUCCUCCUUCCCUCAGUCUCCUCCUUCCCUCAGUCUCCUCCUUCCCUCAGUCUCCUCCUUCCCUCAGUCUCCUCCUUCCCUCAGUCUCCUCCUUCCCUCAGUCUCCUCCUUCCCUCAGUCUCCUCCUUCCCUCAGUCUCCUCCUUCCCUCAGUCUCCUCCUUCCCUCAGUCUCCUCCUUCCCUCAGUCUCCUCCUUCCCUCAGUCUCCUCCUUCCCUCAGUCUCCUCCUUCCCUCAGUCUCCUCCUUCCCUCAGUCUCCUCCUUCCCUCAGUCUCCUCCUUCCCUCAGUCUCCUCCUUCCCUCAGUCUCCUCCUUCCCUCAGUCUCCUCCUUCCCUCAGUCUCCUCCUUCCCUCAGUCUCCUCCUUCCCUCAGUCUCCUCCUUCCCUCAGUCUCCUCCUUCCCUCAGUCUCCUCCUUCCCUCAGUCUCCUCCUUCCCUCAGUCUCCUCCUUCCCUCAGUCUCCUCCUUCCCCCUCAGUCUCCUCCUUCCCUCAGUCUCCUCCUUCCCUCAGUCUCCUCCUUCCUUCCCUCAGUCUCCUCCUUCCCUCAGUCUCCUCCUUCCCUCAGUCUCCUCCUUCCUCAGUCUCCUCCUUCCUUCCCUCAGUCUCCUCCUUCCCUCAGUCUCCUCCUUCCCUCAGUCUCCUCCUUCCCUCAGUCUCCUCCUUCCCUCAGUCUCCUCCUUCCCUCAGUCUCCUCCUUCCCUCAGUCUCCUCCUUCCCUCAGUCUCCUCCUUCCCUCAGUCUCCUCCUUCCCUCAGUCUCCUCCUUCCCUCAGUCUCCUCCUUCCCUCAGUCUCCUCCUUCCCUCAGUCUCCUCCUUCCCUCAGUCUCCUCCUUCCCUCAGUACCUCCUUCCCUCAGUCUCCUCCUUCCUUCCCUCAGUCUCCUCCUUCCCUCAGUCUCCUCCUUCCUCAGUCUCCUCCUUCCUUCCCUCAGUCUCCUCCUUCCUUCCCUCAGUCUCCUCCUUCCCUCAGUCUCCUCCUUCCCUCAGUCUCCUCCUUCCUUCCCUCAGUCUCCUCCUUCCUUCCCUCAGUCUCCUCCUUCCCUCAGUCUCCUCCUUCCCUCAGUCUCCUCCUUCCCUCAGUCUCCUCCUUCCUUCCCUCAGUCUCCUCCUUCCCUCAGUCUCCUCCUUCCCUCAGUCUCCUCCUUCCCUCAGUCUCCUCCUUCCCUCAGUCUCCUCCUUCCCUCAGUCUCCUCCUUCCCUCAGUCUCCUCCUUCCCUCAGUCUCCUCCUUCCCUCAGUCUCCUCCUUCCCUCAGUCUCCUCCUUCCCUCAGUCUCCUCCUUCCCUCAGUCUCCUCCUUCCCUCAGUCUCCUCCUUCCCUCAGUCUCCUCCUUCCCUCAGUCUCCUCCUUCCCUCAGUCUCCUCCUUCCCUCAGUCUCCUCCUUCCCUCAGUCUCCUCCUUCCCUCAGUCUCCUCCUUCCCUCAGUCUCCUCCUUCCCUCAGUCUCCUCCUUCCCUCAGUCUCCUCCUUCCCUCAGUCUCCUCCUUCCCUCAGUCUCCUCCUUCCCUCAGUCUCCUCCUUCCCUCAGUCUCCUCCUUCCCUCAGUCUCCUCCUUCCCUCAGUCUCCUCCUUCCCUCAGUCUCCUCCUUCCCUCAGUCUCCUCCUUCCCUCAGUCUCCUCCUUCCCUCAGUCUCCUCCUUCCCUCAGUCUCCUCCUUCCCUCAGUCUCCUCCUUCCCUCAGUCUCCUCCUUCCCUCAGUCUCCUCCUUCCCUCAGUCUCCUCCUUCCCUCAGUCUCCUCCUUCCCUCAGUCUCCUCCUUCCCUCAGUCUCCUCCUUCCCUCAGUCUCCUCCUUCCCUCAGUCUCCUCCUUCCCUCAGUCUCCUCCUUCCGUCAGUCUCCUCCUUCCCUCAGUCUCCUCCUUUCGUCAUUCUCCUCCUUUCGUCAGUCUCCUCCUUUCAUCUUCGCUCGGAUCCCCCAGCCUCUUGUACUCGACUUCUUCUCUCUUUCCACUUCUGCGCCUCAUUAUAUCUUGUCAAUCUUCCACUGUCUCAGGUGUCCGGCAGCAAGGAUGACGCACAGGGAGUAG